AUUGAUGUGGUAGACAGACACACCACAUCACUUCAGCUCAAGAGGCGUCUCAUUUGUCCAGCUAGCAGAUGAUGCCUCGAGCUGCAAUCCAGACUACCUCCACCAUGCUACUCCUUGCUUUCAUCUUCAUCCUCAUGCUCCCAUCCGCGCGCCCUUCUGCAACACCCUUGCCUGCAUCCGCUGCCGCCAGCAACGAAUCGAGCACGGACCGUGCAGCCCUUCUCUGCCUCAAGUCCUAGCUCCAUGACCCAUCAGGAGCAUUAGCCUCCUGGAGGGACGAUUCUCUUCAGUUCUGCGAGUGGCACGGCGUCACAUGCGGCAAGCAGCAUGCGUCGCGUGUCAUUGCGUUGGACCUUGAAUCCGAGAACAUUGGUGGCAGCCUAUUCCCUUGCGUUGCUGAACUCAGCUUCCUCGCAAGGAUCCACAUGCCCGGUAACCAGCUCAAUGGACACAUUUCUCCUGACAUCGCCCAAUUAUCACGGCUUCGGUACCUUAAUCUCAGCAUGAACUCGCUUGACGGCGAGAUACCCCAGACGAUAUCAUCGUGCUCCCACCUUGAGACCAUUGACCUGUACAGCAAUUCACUUCAGGGUAACAUCCCUCCAAGCCUUGGUCAGUGUUCAGCCCUUCAGACUAUUAUUCUUAGCAGCAACAAUCUUCAGGGAAGCAUCCCUCCGGAGCUUGGCUUGCUUCCCAAUCUCUCCGCUUUGUUCUUCCCUAGCAAUAAGCUCACAGGUAACAUCCCUGAACUUUUAGGGAGUAGCAAAUAUCUCAGGUGGGUGAAUCUCCAGAAUAACAGCCUUUCUGGAAGAAUACCACCAAUUCUGUUCAACAGCACAUCCCUCUCUUACAUAGAUCUCUCCCAAAAUUGGCUUUCUGGGUCCAUACCGCCUUUCACACAGGCAUCGUCUUCACCCUUGCAGUACCUCAAGUUGACCGAGAAUAACCUCUCAGGGGUGAUUCCUCACUCACUCGGUAACCUCUCUUCCCUAUCUUUUUUGCUUCUUGCACAUAACAAUUUACAUGGAAGUAUUCCAGAGAGCUUCAGCAAAUUUGGUGCUUUGCAAGAACUAGAUUUGAACUAUAAUAACUUGUCAGGCAGUGUCCCAUCAGCACUGUUCAACAUGUCUUCUCUUACCUUUCUCGCCAUUGGUGCAAACAAGCUGGUCGGAAGACUUCCCGGUAACAUUGGCAACACCCUUUCAGGCAUUACAGGAUUGGUACUGGAAGGGAACAAUUUUCAAGGACUAAUUCCUGAUUCCUUGGCCAAUGCUUCCUACUUGCAAAUGUUAGAUCUUCGUAGCAAUGCAUUCACUGGCAUAAUUCCUUCGUUGGGAUCGUUGAGCAUGUUAACAUACUUAGAUGUAGGUGAAAAUAGACUUGAAGCUGGAGAUUCGUCUUUCGUGUCCUCUCUAUCCAACUGCACCCAACUGACGAAUUUAUGGUUGGAUAGAAACAACCUCCAAGGAGUAAUAGAAGACUAUACCACUAAUAUCCCCAAAAGCUUAGAGGUACUGGUUCUCAUUGGUAACCAGUUGUCAGGAACUAUACCUUCAGCGAUAGGAAACUUCAUGAACCUCACUCAGCUUCAAUUAGAUAAUAACUUACUCUCAGGAUUUAUUCCAGACACACUUGGAAACCUCAGAAACUUGUCCAUACUAAGCUUAUCCAAAAAUAAACUUUCAGGAGAAAUUCCACAGUCAAUUGGAAAGCUGGAGCAGCUCACAAAUCUUUAUUUUGAGGAAAAUGAUUUGACCGGGCUCAUCCCUUCUAGUUUACAUGGUUGCAAGCAUUUGACGAAACUGAACCUUUCUUCCAAUAACUUAUAUGGACGCAUUCCACCAGAACUCUUUUCAAUAUAUACACUUUCUGAAGGCUUAGACUUGUCCUAUAAUCAACUCACUGAAGAUAUACCAGCUGAGAUUGGUAGAUUGAUUAAUCUGAACUCACUUCGUCUUUCUAACAACAAAUUGUCUGGAGAGAUUCCUUCUACACUCGGUGAGUGCGUUCUUUUGGAUUCUCUUCACUUGGAGAAAAAUUUCCUACAGGGAAGCAUACCAAAUUCAUUCAUCAACUUACGAGGCAUUGCUGAGAUGGAUCUUUCCCAUAAUAACUUGUCUGGUAGAAUUCCUGAAUUUUUCGAGUCCCUUAGCUCUUUCCAGUUUCUAAAUCUAUCGUUCAAUGACCUUGAGGGCCCUGUACCUGAAGGGGGCGUAUUUACCAAUUCAAGUGCUGUGUUCAUCCAAGGUAACAGGAAACUGUGUGCUACUUCUCCGAUUCUACAAGUACCACUGUGCUCGACAUCACCACAUAAAAGGAAAAGGACAUCAUAUAUUGUAGCUAUAGCAGUUCCACUUGCUAUUAUGGUUGAUGUCACAUUGGGAUGUGCUCUAGUCAUUGUUUUGAAGAAGAGAAAUCAAGCCAAGCAACUCACGGACCAAUCAGCUAGACUGAUGCUCAAGAACUUCUCAUACACAGAUUUAUUCAAAGCAACAGAUGGUUUCUCUGCAGACAGUGUUGUUGGUUCAGGAACAUUUGGAAUGGUAUACAAAGGUCAAUUCGAGUUUGAACUAUGCCCGGUUGCCAUAAAGGUAUUCAGGCUUCAACAGCUUGGAGCACCGAGCAACUUCCUUUCUGAAUGCGAGGCUUUGAGAAACAUUCGCCAUCGGAAUCUUAUAAGAGUGAUUAGCCUCUGUUCAACCUUUGACCCAACGGGAAGUGAAUUUAAAGCACUCAUCCUUGAGUAUAUGUCUAAUGGUAAUCUUGAAGGCUGGCUCCAUCCCAAAAUGUUCAGGCAAACCGCCGAAAAAUCACUAGGUUUAGGCUCACGAAUAACAAUAGCUGUGGAUAUUGCUGCUGCACUAGACUAUCUUCAUAAUCGAUGCACUCCACCUCUGGUUCAUUGUGAUCUCAAGCCAAGCAAUGUCCUUCUGGAUGCUGAAAUGGUUGCACACCUUAGUGAUUUUGGGCUUGCCAAGUUCCUUUCUAAUGGCUCAGAAUUAUUUAACUCAUCAAGCAUUGCAGGACCAAGAGGAUCUAUCGGAUAUAUUGCACCAGAGUACGGCAUGGGGAGCAAAGUCUCAGUUGAGGGGGAUAUCUACAGCUUUGGAAUUAUUUUACUAGAAAUGAUCACAGGAAAGCGUCCAACAGAUGAGAUGUUUAAGGACGGCAUAAACCUUCAGAGCUUCGUGGAGUUAUCUCUUCCAAAUAAAAUAAAUGAGAUUCUAGAACCAAGUCUCACGGCAUAUCAUGAAGGUAAAGACAUUGAUCAAGUUGUGGACACAAUCCAAAGCUGUGCCAUACAGCUAGCUAAUCUUGGCCUAGUAUGCUCUGAGAUGUCACCCAAGGACCGGCCAACAACAGAAGAUGCUUAUGCUGAAAUUAUCGCCAUCAAAGAAGAAUUUUCAGUAUUAUGGAACAGGGUAGGAUCGUAGUGGUUUUACUCGCAUCAUACACAGUUGUGUCUUAGAAAAAACUAGUCAAAGGGAGUGGAUUCCAUAAAUGUGUAAGACCAAGGAAAAAAUAUUUUUUUAUGAGCAACUUUGCAAUACGAGAAGACAUACGCUACUACAAAAACA